UUUACCGACGGACAUUUUUUUGUUCCAGGAUAUUGCAGCAUGAAGAAGGAGCAAGUUGUCAACUGUCAGUUUUCGGUUUGGUAUCCGAUAUUUAAGAAACAUACAAUUAAAAGUGCGAUUCUGCCACUGCCUCAGAAUGUAAUAGAUUAUUUACUGGACGAUGGGACACUGGUAGUCUCUGGGAGUGACCAUAACACGCAGCAGACACACUCUGAAAACAGUGACUUGAAUGAAGAGGAGGACAUUCAGUGGUCAGAUGAUGAAACAACCACCACUGUCACUGCUCCUGAGUUCCCAGAAUUCACCUCUAAAGUGCUGGAGGCCAUAAACGCCUUGGGUGGUCUUGUUUUUCCCAAACUCAACUGGAGCGCUCCUCGGGAUGCUAACUGGAUUGCUCUGAACAGCUCCCUGCAGUGUGACAGCCUCAGUGAUAUAUUUCUGCUCUUCAAGAGUUCUGAUUUCAUCACCCACGACCUCACGCAGCCGUUCCUUCAUUGUAGUGACGAAGAUUCUCCAGAUCCUGCUAUAAACUACGAGCUGGUCCUGAGAAAGUGGAGUGAGUUGAUCCCUGGUGGGGAGUAUCGCUGCUUUGUCAAAGAAAACAAACUGAUUGCCAUCUCCCAGAGAGACUACACGCAGUACUACCCGCACGUCCUGAAGCAGGAGGAGCACAUUUGUCAGGCUGUGCAGGAGUUCUUCAGCCAGCACAUCCAGUACAACUUCCUGGACGAAGACUUUGUGUUUGACGUCUACAGAGACAGCCAGGGGAGGGUGUGGGUUAUAGACCUGAAUCCAUUCGGGGAGGUGACCGACUCUCUGCUGUUCACCUGGGAGGAGCUGAUGUCUGGUGGGGAAAUCGCCCAGCAGCAGCAGGAAGGCCCUGCGUUUCGUUGCACCACCAGCGAGUUGACCGUGCAGCCCAGUCCCUGCCUGAGCUACAGAAUCCCACGAGACUUUGUGGACCUCUCCUCUGGAGAAGACGCCUACAAACUCAUCGACUUCUUAAAACUGAAGAAAAGCCAACAGGAAGACUCUGAAGAGGAAGAAGAGGAGGAGAGCGCUCCACAGUGACACGGUUCCUCUGACUCCUGAAGAAGUAGCAGCUCGUGUCAACAGCCCUCCAUAUGAUGUUUUUCUGCAUGAAGUGACUCUUAACCUUCUGUCCUGUAUUGAAAUUAUUUUUCGUUUCAGCUCGUUCUCCCCCUCUCACUCGUCUGUGAACGGUACGCUGUGUACCCAGGCUUUCCUGGAUGGCUCUCUUGUGUUCUUCUCUAGUGGAACAUGUUAAAUUAGCGGAUCAUGGUAACAGCUCUUUGAGGAUUCAUUUUCUGUUGAGUUGUUGCUUACCUCCGACGCUGUUGAGCACCGUAAUGGCUCAGUGAGGCAGCAGAGGGAGGCCUCUUCAGUGUUGAUUAUUUCAGUUUUGGAGGGAAUUAUUAUUGUUAUUAUUUUUUAUACAGGGAAUAUUUGUUUGAAAGGAAGGAGAUGUACUCACUAACACUGUAAAAAUGCUUUUUAUAUGUUGGAAUAAGUGUGUAUAAUACUUUUCUGUAACUUCACUGCAACACAAAUAUUGUCCCUGGAUGUAAAAUUGCAUUUGUGCUUUGAGGCUGCGACUCUAUUCAACACUAAAGCCGUUUAUCACUGACCAACAUUUAAUUUUUCUUCCCAGCAUCCCCGCCCCUUCAUCUCUCCCUGCCAAUUGCCUCCGAGCAUUUUUGACACUCUCAUUUCUCCAAGCCGCUCUGGGCACUCACUCUCAGUUCUGUUUUCCCAUCAUGCAUCGCUGUGGACUGUUACUCCAAAAAACACCAUUAAACUUCUUGUCGUGUA